AUGGUCAAAUUUAUUAUUCACCAUAACGUAGAGGGCACCACAAUUUACUUUUCUCAGUUUUAUCAAACGAACAUCCAGUCCCGCAAGUUAGAAGCGUUAAUGGAAAUCAUCACUGCUCACUUAAAAACCGACCAAGAACGAGAGGGUCCUUCUCCUUCUGACAUUCUUCGGUUUUCAACGUACACGAUAGAGAGUCAAGAGUAUUCCGUCUCGUCUCUUAAACCACUUCAAGAGGAGUUUGAAGGUGUUCAAAUAUUGUAUUGUGAAGUGGGUGGCAUAGUAAUAACACUUGGUCUUCAUGAAAAUGACAGUGUCUUUGUAGCUCAGAACUUUGUGACGAAUUGGGUGUCUGCACUCAAGAAGUUGUACAAAACUAACCUCCUCAAUAACAUCUACGACAAAACUGACGAACUUCUUGCAUACCUCGACAAACUACUUCCUCUUGGAAAUCUGUUACUCAUCAACCAAUCGUACAUCGAGUACUUAAAAACAGAAGCGACAAACUUAACACGGGCAAUGUAA